GCAACAAAGGACAUGACGUGUCAGCGAUCCAAAUGAAAGGAAGGAGCGCUCGGUUGUUUACCGUAGCAACCAUGGCGGAGACAGAUGCAGAAAGCGUGAAAACAGAGUCCCAAGCUGGAGAGGAACCCUUACAAUAUUUAUCCGAAUUGAGCAUCGAGCAGCUGGAGAUACUUACCCGAGAUACUAGAGAUGCCGUUUCUAUCCUCAACGCAGAAACAGAAAUGCUUGAGAAAUUCCAUAACAGGCUGGACCCUAAGGACCUGGUGCCACCUCCAACUACUGAUGCUGGUCUAUCCACAUUGGAUUUCAGCCAGAUGCGUACCCGUCGCAGAUCUAAAUCACGUGGUCAGAUUCCUGAACGUCUCCUGAGUCUGACUGUGGAUCAAAAGUGUGAACUUGUACAAAAGGAAUUGGAGGAGUCCAAGGAAGAGUCUCAGAGAAAUGAGGAAAUGGCUGAAAAGGAUUUGCAAAGCCUCAAGGCCACAGUGGAGGAGGCAGAAUUUCGCAGUACAGAUAUAAAGAAAUCCAAGUAUGAAUUUGAACGAGACAUUGGCAAAGCUGCAAUAAGCAUCAAAAAAGGUGCUGGAGUGUCUCCUGAUAAGGUCAUCCGCUACAUGGAGGAGAAGAUGCGUGCUAAAGACAGCUUAGUCGACAAACUGCGCCUGAAAAAUGCUUCCCUCAAGGUCCAAAAGAAGAAGAUGAGGAUGCAAGUUAAACAGAAGGAGGAGAUGGGGGAGGUUUUGCAUGAGGUGGAUUUUCAGCAACUCAAGAUUGAAAAUGCGCAAUUCUUAGAGCGAAUUGAUGAAAGGAACCAGGACCUGUUACAGCUAAAACUGACUGCAGGGGACACCCUUCUGGUGCUUAACCACUUCAAGAAGAAGCUAAAUACCACAAUGACUGAAUCAACACACCUAGAUAAGGAGAUAUUCAUGAGAAAGGACAUGCUGCAGAGGAUUGAACUGGAGGCCCUACUCGUGGAGCAGGACAGAGAAAAAGCAGAGAGACUAAACAAGAAAUUAAGAAAACAACUCCAUGACUACCGUGUGCCUGAGGUUUUCAAGUACAUUCAGGAGAAAACUGAUCAAGAAGAUCUGGAAAAAAGUAUUAGAGUCUGGGAAAGAAAAGUAGAGAUUGCUGAGCUCUCUUUAAAGACACAUCGCAGAACUUGGGAACAACUUAAGGCUUCCAGUCAAAUACAACUCUAUGGCCAGCAACAAGGGAUGUUGUAACUGCAUAAAACCAUUUUUAAAUGUCCCCCCAACUCACAGAUAUGUAAAGAAAUAAAAUAAUCCAAUAAAGAAAA